CGAUAGAUGGCGCUGGGUACGAACAGAAGCAGAUGAUGCGAAAAUACUGUGAACAUCAAGAAGAACACAUGCUUACAACGUUACGUACAUUAAUGAUAGCGAUGUAACUUUAUUGGGAAUAGUCUCUACAACGAGAUUAUGUCAUCUAAAGUUGCCAGGUAUAUCAGCUAUUUGCUGUUCAGACUCUUAUUGCCAGUAGUUCUCCUAGCAGGAUGUGCCCUAAGGUACAACCUUGUGUCAUUCCUGUAUUUGUUGUUCCUGUUGGGACUUCCACUUAUUCCAGCACCAAGUGCUCUGACAGUGAGAGGAAUCACCGGUGUAUACUUAAUCCUUCUUAUUGUGCUGGGAGGUUUGGCAACAUUAGCUCAUGCUAUUUUCCAUAUUGUGCUGGCAGCCAUUCCUGAGCCAUAUGGUUACAGUUUCUCAAACUGUUCAAGCAAUGAAAAAAUUGCAAGGCUAAUAGCUGUUGAAAGACUGGACGGUGUCCCGUUUAUUCACAUUCUGCGGUUGGUUGUCCUGGAUGUGGUUGUCCUGGCGGUUGCCAUUCUUGUGUUCAUUGUGUGUUACAAAGUGUUCAGUCCAUCCAGGGACACUCUAAGCUCCGAGGACGUCCCCUCCCUACAAUCCAUCACUCGAAGGAGGAGGGCCAGCAGACUUCAUAACUUCUUACUGUUUGUGGGGAAGUUUAUUGACGUUUUAUUUUUAGCAGCAUGUGGCAUUAUUGUACCAUCUUUAGCAAGUGCUGCAUACUUUUUGUCUUUUUUGUAUAUUGCAACAUGGUGGUCAUUAUAUCGAGGCCUAGGAAAGAAAUUUUCUAUAUUCCGAAUUUGUGUUUUAAUAUGGAGUGGACUACACUUGCUAUUUCUUCAUUUGUACCAAAUGCAACUUUUCCAAGAAGACUGGUUCCCUUCAAGAACAUCCCUAUGGGCAAGGAUUCUUGGAUUAACAGCAGUCAUAAAGACAGAUUGUGGCAAACCCUGGUCUGUGGAGUUUCAUGAACCUUCAAACUGGCCACUGUUUGUCAACCCACCCCUUCUGUUGGCUCUCUAUAUCAGUGUAGCCACUGAAACUAGAUACUGGAGAAACUCUAAGAGAGAGGAUGUUGUUGAUGCAGAAACCAGUUCUCCCAAGAAGAAGAGGCGAAGAAAUCCAAAGCCGUCUGAGCGGGAGGUAUUGCCGCAACAUGAUGGUCAAGACGAGAGCUUGGUAAAUGCUGGAGAGAACCAGUCCUACGAGACCUUCUCAGAGGAACCAGCCAGACAACGCAAUAAGGAUGAUUCGCCCACCAUGCUGGAUUCAGACGAAGAAGAUGGAGGCUCAAAUCGUUCCAAACCAAAGAAGACCAAGCCCCACGUCAAGAGAAGUCCAGUGGUUUCCUUGUUUGUGUACAUCAUGAAGCAGAGCUAUGUCUUAUCACUCAUAGCAAUGAUGGCUUGGAGCAUCACCUACCACAGCUGGUUGACCUUUGUCCUCCUGUUAGCUGCCUGUUUUAUUUGGAUGGUCCCUCAGUCCAGGAAGGCGUGUCUUGUGUGUUCCCCAGCUGUAGUCCUCUAUGGGGAGGUCCUUCUCAUCAUUCAGUUUGUUUAUGGCAUGAAUCUCAAGGAACUUCCAGAGGAAAGUAACGGAAUCAAGCUGGAUGAGAUCGGACUCAAGAAGUUCAAGUACCCUUGUUUACAGCUGGCACUCCAAAUCUUAUUCACCAGUAUGUUCUGGCUGACCAUGAGACAGUUUAUUAGAGAGAGAAAGCUAUCAGGGUCAUCAGACAACUCUCAGGUUCCCAUGGAAACACUCAGUUCCGAGGGGGUGUCGCCCGGCUCCUGGUUCAAGGGCUGGAUAAGGCUCAGGGAGAUGUCAGAUGGGGAGGAGGAUGUGUGGGACAUAACUCAGUCACCAAAGUACAUUCCGUCUUUGGAUGAGGUUGAUGGAUAUGAUGGUCAGACAGUCAAGCUCAUAGGUCAUUCUGAGGCAGUGAGAACUAUUGGGGUCUACGUGUGGAAUUUGCUGUCCAAGUACUGGAUAUUUGUGUGCACUGGGAUGAUGCUGUUGAUUUCUAUACAGGAAGUAGUUGUCUACAGGAUUAUAUACCUGAUCUUAUUCCUCCUCUUUAUGCUGACCUUCCAGAUGAGUUAUACUCUGUGGAGGGCCUCUAUGUAUGUGUUUUGGUGGGUCAUUAUCAUCUAUUCUAUGGGUAUCCUGAUAAUACUCUACACAUAUCAGUUCCAAGAUUUCCCAAGCUAUUGGCAAAACAACACAGGACUCUCAGACGAAAUACUUUCAGAUAUCGGCCUGGAGCAGUUUAACACGGCCACUCUGUUUGUGAAGUUGCUGACUCCGACCAGCUUCUUGAUUCUGAUCAUUCUACAGGUCCACUACUUCCAUGCCACCUUCCUCAGGCUCAGCGACAUCAAACAUGUCAAAAAUGAAGAUAAAAAAGAUGAUCAGCCAGCUACUAACACAAUGACAGACACUGCAGGGGAGACUACUGAUUCUGAACCACCAAUCAUUAAAAAAGGACUGAGGAAGAAGGUGAAGCUCUACAUCCUGACCGUGUGGCACAAGUGUAGCGAGGUGUGGGCGGAGGUGUCCACCGUCCUGUGGCGGGUACUGGAGGUCCACUUUGUCAAAGUGGUUCUCUUCACCAUCUUCAUGGUCUGUGUCAGCGAGUUGUCUGCCAUAGGAGGGGUGUUUGUGAUCAUCCUGGGGGUGUUUAUGCCCAUCACCAGGGGAUGGACAGUGAUGUUACAUGUGUGUAGAAUAUGGGUGUCCAUUGCCAUGGUAGCCAAAAUGAUCUACCAGCUCAGCAUCAUUGACAAGGAGUACUGGAACUCCAACUGCACGAUCACCAAUGACGGUGUCAAUUCAUCAACAACCCCAGCUCCAGUGACCAACAUAACAAACCUGACUGAUCUACUGCCAGCAGAAACUGUCAUCAAUCCAUUUGGCAAUGGCACAGUCAACAAUGCAAAGUGGGUGGGCCUGGAUAAAGAAGGAGUCCUUUCAUACUAUCUCAGAAAUUACAUCCUGAUUUUGGUGGUACUGAUAUUUGAGCGAGUGAUCUUCUACAGACAGGCCCGGCGACGCCUCUAUACCAGCAUCGCUGACAUUCCUAAAGGAGUCAUCUUCAGUAGCACCAACCGCAAAAAUGCUGAUAAAAACUUGUGGAGUUGUGCAAAGUAUUUUGCCAACUACUUCUUUUACAAAUUUGGAUUGGAGAUCUGCUAUAUCAUGAUGGCCACUGUGAUCUGUGUGAGAGUGGACGCCUACAGUGUGUUGUACUCCAUCUGUCUGGGAAUACUGCUGCUGCUGAGUCGACGAAAGAAUGCCCUGGUCUGGCCCAUCUUCACCAUCAUACUGACCGUACUGUUACCUGUCCAGUACAUUCUCUGCCUAGGCUUCCCUCCAGGGGCUUGUAUAGAAUACCCUUGGAAAUUCACCACAGAGACAGGAAAAAACCUAGAAACAUGGCUCUACCUUCCUAGUUACUUUGAUCCACCUGAUGUGAACAAGCUUAUAGGGGACUUUUUCCUGCUGCUGUUUGUGUGUCUACAGUGGCAGGUGUUCCGGACAGAGGCCCAUGCCCACUCAGAUACCUCCCACUCCUAUGGUGGAGGCAGCAAUGGAGACAUACUGGAAGAGGUGGAGGCCAACAUGCCCAUCCCUGUGGAAGACUUCACCACCAUCCAUGAGUCCUAUCUGGAUGUUGUCAAGAGCGGCUUCUUCUCCUACAUGUACUGGGUGACCCUGUACAUCAUCUUCCUGGCCGGCACCACCCGGAUUAACCUGUUCAGUAUGGGCUACAUCAUCGGGGCGCUCUGUUUUAUGUGGUACGGUCAGGAGUUCAUUCUGAAGCCUCUCAGGAAAAUCAGGAGAAGCUGGAACACAUUCUUGGGCUACACCUUUAUUGUCAUAUUCCUUAAAGCCUCCUUGCAGCUUUUGGGCUGUGUUUACAUUGACUACCUGUAUGACAACCAGUGCUGGCUGAUACAGCUUCUGGGCCUCACCUGUCUAUCACCUUCCAAAACCUACUCGCCAGGUGUGAUAGAAGGUUCUGAUGGAUUUGAUUGUAAGGUGGAGAAGGAUGAUUCGGGCCUGAGCUGGGAUGUGGUCUGUUUUACCUUCCUGCUGCUACAGCUGAGGAUCUACAACAGCCACUACUUCCGGCACAUCAUCGCCAGUGCUGAGGCCCAGAAUGCUCUCGCUGCCAGGGGUGCAGAACUCAUCAACCAUAUACUAGUGACUCGUGUACAAGAACAGAGGGAAGAGGAGAGGCAAGUGUUGGAGAAUAUCAAGAAGAAGAUGGAGAUCCUUCGACACAAGAGAAUCCAAGGCAGUAACAAAGCCUUCACUGAGCCGGACGAACAUUUUCAAGCAAUCCGGUCUGGUGACUACUAUCUCUUUGAGGAUGAAAGUGAGGCUCAUACUGAGGACCCGACAAGUAUCACAAUUGGUGUAGAUUCUGAGGAGGAGGAGGACAAAGCAGAUCCUCUAAAGCUGAUCUCAACUGCUAUAGAGUCUGGUGCCAAAGCUGCAGUGGAGCAAGGAGAAAAUGAGGAUGAAGAGGGUAAUGAAACAGGCUCAGAAGUAAAGGAAGACAAGUCUGAUUCCAAACUAGAUAAAAUAUUGAAUAUUCUGAAACUGAUCAAAAUGUUAUUGGAAAGUUUGGUAGAUUGGAUGAUAGAAAAGUUUAAUAGGGUAUCCGACAAUCAUCGCAAGGUAGCAGAAACACUGGAAGAAGAAAUGAAAGCUCAAAAGGCUCUGAUUCAGAGAAACAAAACUGUACCUGUUAUUAAAGACACGACAGUGAGUCUUCAGUUGGAGGAUGAUGGGAAUGAAGGUCCAUCAGGUGCCAGUGGAGAAAGAGUCGAUUUUACAGAUAUCAGUAUUGUGGAUACAGAGGCACCAGAUCCAGAUGAUGUGGAUGGAAACGUACAGAGCAAACCGUCCACCAAGUUUGAGAACAAGAAGAACAAGGUGUAUCGGCUGCUGGAGGCGACGUACUACGCCCUGGUGUCCCGGUCCGAGCUGGUCUGUUACUUCCUGAUGAUACUAAACCAGAUCCUGUACUGCAGCCUGCUCUCCCUGCCCCUUCCCCUGAUAGUGUUCCUGUGGGGCAUGCUGUCAGUGCCCCGCCCCUCCAAGAUGUUCUGGAUCACUGCCAUCACUUAUACAGAGGCUGUGGUAGUCAUCAAGUACCUGUUCCAGUUCGGUUUUUUCUCUUGGAAUAACAACACGGACAUAGAAACGAACCCCUUCUGGCCGCCCCGAAUCAUCGGCAUUGAGAAGAAAGACGGCUUUGUGACGGCUGACCUCAUCCUUCUGUUGGCUUUAUUUAUCCACCGAUCAAUUCUUAAGAGAUACGGAUUAUGGAAGGAUGCUGAUGCCACCUUAGCAGAUGUGGACAGAGCUGAGGAAAUGAUUUCAGCACCCACCACUCCUAUCCAAGAGGAGGGAGCUAGGUCAUUUGAGAGCAGUGUCAGGAACAAUUCAAAGGAAGGUCAGGUUGAAUCCAGUACGAGUCAGGAAUCGGAUGGAGACAGUGAAGGUGGACCAGGUCUGCAGAUGGUGCUGGGGCCAUUCAAGAAAUUUUACAGUCAGCUGACAGACCCCAAGUACAACGCAACCACAGAUGUGUAUGCUACCAUGUUCUUCUGUGACUUCAUCAACUUCCUGAUACUUGUGUUUGGAUACUGGGCCUUUGGACCAGAGCAAACCUCUGGAGGAGACAGUGUGACCGAAUACAUUACAGAGGACAGGAUUCCUGUUCCGUUCCUGAUCAUGUUGGUGACCCAGUUCAUUCUGAUUGUGAUUGACCGUGCCCUCUACCUGAGGAAGAACAUCCUGGGGAAGUUCAUCUUCCAGAUCCUGCUGGUCAUCCUCAUCCAUGUCUGGCUCUUCUUCGUCUUGCCUUAUGUCACAAAGAGGAAGUUUUCUGAGAAUGUUCCGGCCCAGAUGUUUUACUUCUUCAAGUGUCUGUACUUUGGACUGUCAGCCUACCAGAUCAGGUCCAGCUACCCAACCAGAAUUCUGGGGAAUUUUCUCACCAAGAAGUACAACUACAUCAACUUGUUUCUGUUCAAAGGAUUCCUGGCUAUCCCGUUCCUGCUGGAGCUGAGAGUUCUGAUGGACUGGAUCUGGACAGACUCCACUUUAGCCAUUGGGAGCUGGUUACAGAUGGAGGACAUUUACGCCAACAUUUAUGUCCUCAAGUGCUGGAGAGAGGCUGAGAGGAAUUAUCCAACCCCUCGUUCUCGGAAGAAAGGUUCUCUCAUUAAGUAUGGAGUGGGAGGACUGUUGCUGGUUCUGAUUAUCUUUAUAAUCUGGUUCCCCUUGGUCAUCUUCUCCUUUGCUAACACAGUGUACAUCAGUAAUCCACCGGUUGUAGUGACGGCCUCCAUUGCCAUUGGAGGGUUCCAGCCUCUGUUUAAAGUCCAGGCACAACAACAGAGCAUAGCCUCCCUAACCACCGCCCAGUACAACGACCUCCUGACCUACUUCAAUGAUAAGGAAAUGAAGUCUGCAGUCAGCAACCUUAACAAGUAUGAGCCCCAGGACAUCACCAUUAUUAAGCUUAAUGGGAAGUCCACUUCAGUGUGGGGGAUAAGUCCCCCCAGUAAACAAGAGCUCAUCCAGUUCCUCAACAACACCGUGGCUGCCAAGAUUGAGUUUGAGACGACCUUCACCAGAAAGCCAACAUCAAGUGAUGCCAGCCAAUCCCUGACCAGCCACUUAAUGGACGUAUUGGAUGAUGUCACCAGAAUCAAGUUAAUACAGCUACUCAAAGAGCCGGAGACAAGUGCCCCUGUGGAAGUGAAGAAUUUGUUUUCCCGCUUCUUCCGCUUAUCAAAGAAGACUACCAGUGUCCUCAACUUUAUUCCAAAAAGUAAUGUUUCCAUGCACCUGAGUGUGACGAAUGUUACGGAGUGGUGGAAUGUGAACGAGACUCUGAGUACUGGGGUACCCUGUCCAGAACCACAGGAUAAGAAAUGUGGACCGUCCGCCACUGAGCUCACACUAAUUACCCUGAAUGACCGGGCAGCACCAGCUGGCUUCUCCUUCAUUUCAGGAUAUGGCAUCAUCGGUCUGUACGUCUCCCUGGUUCUGGUGGUGGGACGAUUCGUGCGUGUGUUUUUCUCCGGCACCUCCACUCAGGUGAUGUACCAGGAACUACCCUGUGUGGACAACAUCCUGAAUCUGUGCCUGGACAUUUACAUGGUGCGGGAAAGCCAGGACUACAGAAUGGAGGAGUAUUUAUUCUCCAAACUGAUCUUUUUAUACCGGUCCCCUGAAACUCUCAUCAAGUGGACCAAGUUAAAGUACAGCUGAUCUUCCUGGUACUGGAUCUUUAGUUUGUUUACAGUGCCAAAAUUUUAUUUAUUAAUCUCAAGAUGAUGUCAUAUUUAAUUAAAAUUGCUGCCUUUAAGUCAGUAUUUAAGAGACAUUAGAAUGAUUGGAUAUGUCUGUAUAGGGAGUUCAAUUAAAAGAUAAUAUUGAUCCUCUUGAAUAUUUUAUUUAAACAGGUAGGAUUGAUAGUUUUUUGUGUACUGGUAUAAUUUUUAAUUUUUUAACAAAAUUUUAAAGCAACUUGCUCUAGAAAAAUAUUCUCUCAAUGAAUUUUAUCUCAUCCCAGAACAUAUCGUUUUAAUAAUCAUUUAAUUAUCAUUUGUCAAGAUUAUUCUGUACGCAUAUUUUUUGCCAAUGGUCCAGUAUAAAGGAAGUUCUUCAGAUUUAUGUUAUUUGCAAAUAUUUCAGAGUUUUAAUGCAAAUUCCUUUCGGCAAUAGGUAAAUAAUCAAAUCGAAAGCAUACUGUAUGAAAUCUGAUAGGCUAGUUCUAUAUUCCUUAUUGCUUUGACCUGCAAACAUUGUGUACAAUAAAUAACUAUUGUGAUUGUAUACCUUAAUCACCAGAGUUUUUGUAGUUUUCACACGCCUCUUUUUUAACAACUAUUUGUUUACUCUCGCUACCAGGAUUUGAAACGGCAAGAUUUUUCCUGCAUUAUCUCCCUUUGUAUGUGCAAUUAUCUAUCAAAGAUAAAGUGGCUGUAAGCUAAAAUUGUAGCUUGAUAUAUGUGUUGAGUUUAUCUGUAGUUAUAUAUCAGGUCAACUAGUCAAUAAAUGUUUCAUGAUUGUAUUAUGGUGUAGAGAAUACUAUUUUCAGGAUCUACCUCUGUAGAUUUGUGUGCUAGAUUAUUCAGUUUUAGGUUAACUUGCCGACUUAUCAAUAGAUUCCACACACACACACACACACACACACACACACACACACACACAAAGCCACAUCUUCCACAUACAGUAAAUGGAAAGAUGAUGCCAGAACCAAAUUCAAUUAAAAUUUAAUAAUAAAAAAAAGGAAGAUGAAAUUUAUUUUCAGUACUUUUCUUUUGUAUGAAAUAAUAGAUUUUAGGAUUUCGAUCAUGAAAUUGCAUCAAUAUUUAUCAGAUGCCCUUCAAAAUUGUCAAGUUUCCAAGAAUGACUUAUGGUAAAUUGUUUCCUUCAACAAGUAUUUUAUUACAAUGGUAACUAAAUAUAUGGAUCAUAUUAUGUGAACAAAUUUAUUGCGUAACUUUUAUAAAAUAACAAUUAUUUUGAGAGUAUUUCCAAUAAGCAUUUUAUCGAAAAAGAAAUGAACAGAAAAAUCAUAUUUUGAUGAAAUAUAACCACAAAUUCGUGCAUUGUUUUCAAAUUUCAAAUUAACACGAAGCCGAGAAUCGGGUUAAUGACAAAUAAAACCACAAGCAACACAUAUUCUUAUAAACUUAUGAAUGUUUUUAUCUCCUUGCAAGGUUAAACAAUCCAACAGCAGCAUAAAGAGGUGAUUUAUAGGUUAUUGUAUUAAUAGAGUCCUCAUUACAGGGGUUCAGAAAACUGUGAAUGAAUUAAAUAAAACACAAAACAGUGUUAAUGUAUGGAAAUACAUGUAUUUUGAGGGCGAUUUGAUAGACAGCUCGAGGCAUUUGACUGAUGAUUGGAAGAUCUCUGGUUGUAUAUUUAUAUUAUGUAACAUUCUUUGGGGAAAAAAAAUUAAUUAAAUGCUGAAAAUACUUCUUGUAUCAUGGAAUAUUUUAUGUGAUCUUGCCCGAGAAUUGGGCUUCUAGAUAUACCAGUAGGUUUAAGUGUUCUUGUAUGACUUUGCAUUGCUCUUAUUUUUUGUGUGAAGAUAAAUUAUCAUGUCUUAUAAAUCAUGUACAAUGCUCAUCCUUGUAUAGCUGUCAUUUUAUCGUCAUUAAAUAAAUGCUUGCUACAAAAUA